AAGCCGCCGAAAGCCGCACCGAUAAAGAAAGAAAUCUCUUCCUUCAAACGUUCCGUCGCUCGCUUGUUAGUUCUAAUCUCUGUGUAAGUUCUUCUAUGGUGGGAAGUAACCCUAAUUCGAUUCUCACCUUCAAGUGGUGGGACAAAACCCUAGCCCUUAAUUACGGUCCUGUUAUUCUCUGAUGGCAUCCACGGGCUCAGAGAACCGAGAAAACCGAAGAAACCUAGCCACGGCGACGAAGGUGGUGGCCACUGAGCUGCCGCCUCAGAAACUAACGCUGUCUAUUCUUGACCGGUUCAAGGCUCUGCUGAGGCAGCGCGACCACGAGCUUAGGGGUUCGGCCGAAGACGACACUGUCACGCCGCCGAGCGCAGAGGAAAUCGUGCAUUUUUACGAUCUAUUGUUGUCGGAGUUAACAUUAAACUCGAAGCCCAUUAUCACGGAUCUCACCAUAAUUGCUGGCGACCAGAAGGAGCACGGAAAGGGCAUUGCCGAAGGCAUUUGCGCUCGGAUUCUCGAGGCCCCAGUUGAACAAAAACUGCCUUCAUUAUAUCUCUUAGACAGUAUUGUCAAGAAUAUUGGCCGAGAAUACGUUACAUACUUCUCUUAUUGUCUGCCAGAGGUUUUUUGUGAGGCAUACAGGCAAGUACAACCUGAUCAGCAUAAUGCCAUGCGGCAUCUCUUUGGCACCUGGUCAGCAGUAUUUCCACCUUCUGUCCUUCGUAAGAUUGAGGCAAAACUGCAAUUCUCUCCUUCAGCGAACCAUCAAUCAUCUGGUUUAACUCCCUCGAGAGCUUCUGAAUCUCCUCGACCCACCCAUGGCAUACACGUCAAUCCAAAGUAUUUGCGUCAGUUGGAACAUUCAACUGUGGAUGGUAAUAUUCAGCAAGCUAGGGGAGCUUCAGCUUUAAAAAUGUUCGGUCAAAAACCGUCCAUUGGGUAUGAUGAAUUUGAUUUGGGUCAGGCAGAGCUUGUAUCCUCACAGGCUGGAGACCCAAGAUUGAGCUCAACGGGAAAUGCAGUUGAAGAAUUUGCAGCAGAUCAUUCUUCUAGAAGGCUUGCUGAUAGGAGCUCUACAGCUCAUCUUAAAUUCAAGUAUGGAUUAGGUAGAGCAACUGGUGGCGAUGAGGAAAUGAGUAGCCUGCAUGGAAAACACUAUGCCGGUGGUAAUCAUACCUGCUUUGAAACUAAAACCAUGUACAAUGUCAGUAAUGGACAUGAGCACUUACAACCAAGAGCUUUGAUUGAUGCUUAUGGAAAUGACACUGGGAAGAGAUCUUUUAACGAUAAGCCUCUGCUUGGUCAGCGCCACAACAUAAAGGGUAUAGACAAUAAGGUUGUUACACCAUCAUGGCAGAAUACUGAAGAGGAAGAAUUUGAUUGGGAAGAUCUGAGCCGCCCUUUAGUAGACCGUAGCAGGAGCAAUGAUUUCUUGUCAACAUCUGUUCCACCUUUUGGAAGAGUCAGUUUUAGGCCUGCCUUUGGAGUACGAAGAGCUUCCCCUCUAGAGGCUAAUCAGGCUCAGCUUCCUGCACUGGACAAUUCUUCUAUGAUUGCUGAAGAUGCAGUCCCCUUACUAAGUUUUGGUCGUGGAUCAAUGGGGAAGAUACCAGGGUUCCGAGCUGAGAGAAAUCACAUUCUGGAUUCUCGCUAUCUACAGGAGGCCUGGAAUAUGCCUUCCCAUCUUGCCAAAGGAAGAGGAAGGAAUUUCCAUUUGCCUUUACUGGCAAGUGGUAUGUCUUCAUCAGAUGGUGAAAAAUCUCUAGUUGACAAGCUUCCUGAUGCUGAUUCAAAAAUUCACGGACCUCAAUCUAUUAUAUCAAGAUUUGGUUCUUCCAAUCUUGACUCUAUUAGUGUUGAGGUACGACCGGCAGUUGUACCAGCAUCUGUGGGGGUAAGGCCUCCGCUAAAUGUGCAUAAUUCUCACCCACUACCCCUGCAGCCUAUUUUUUCACAGAAGAAACAGAUGAAGAGCCAAUUUGACUCAAUAAAUUCUAGCAAUAAUGUCAACAAUCGUGGUCCAAAUGGGUAUUUAUAUGAUCAGCAGUUGGAUGGUUUUGGAAACAAGGAGCUGAGUGCUAUGAAACUGUCACAAUUAUCUAAUCAGCGUGCAGGACUAAUUUCUCUGAAUCAGCGAAACCAGGUUCAAGUCACUCCUUUACAGCCACAAUUUCUUCCAUCCCAGGGGGCACAUCCAUCUGCAGCUGCUGUAGUGCCACCUCAUUUAGUGGCUCCACGUUUGAAUCAUGGAUACAACCCACAAAUGCAUGGUGCUGCUGUUAGCUCAGUUCUGUCAAAACCUGUAACUGGUGCUCAGUUGAUGUUACCUGUUCAAAAUAUUCCAAAUAGCUCACUACAUUUACAGGGGGGAACCUUGCCACUACCUCCAGGUGUCCCUCCCACUUCAUCGCAAAUGAUACCUCUCACACAAAAUGCAGUUCCAGUUGUCGCUAAUCAGCCGACAAGCAUUUCUGGAUUGAUCGGUUCUCUCAUGGCUCAGGGUUUGAUCUCGUUGACCAGACCCACCCCUGUACAGGAUUCUGUGGGAGUUGAAUUUAAUGCUGACCUUCUUAAGGUGCGCCAUGAGUCUGCAAUAAGUUCCCUAUAUACUGAUCUCCCAAGACAAUGCAAAACCUGUGGCCUCCGAUUCAAAUGCCAAGAAGAGCACAGUAGUCAUAUGGAUUGGCAUGUAACCAAGAAUCGAAUGUCUAAGAACCGGAAGCAGAAACCUUCUCGUAAGUGGUUUGUAAGUGCGAGCAUGUGGCUCAGUGGUGCAGAGGCAUUGGGAAGUGAAGCAGUUCCUGGGUUUUUGCCUACUGAGGUCAUUGUAGAAAAGAAGGAUGAUGAAGAAAUGGCCGUGCCUGCUGAUGACGACCAGAAUGCAUGUGCAUUAUGUGGGGAGCCUUUUGAUGAUUUUUACAGUGAUGAGACAGAGGAGUGGAUGUAUAAGGGGGCUGUCUACUUAAAUAUGCCCAGCGGCUUGACAGCAGGCAUGGAUAGAUCUCAGUUAGGUCCUAUAGUGCAUGCUAAGUGUCGCUCUGAAUCUAGUGUGGUUUCCCCAGAAGAUUUUAGACAAGAUGAAAGGGGAAUUACUGCAGAGGGUAGUCAAAGCAAACGAAUGCGGCUUAGUUAGACCCUCUUCAUUGUUGUCUGUAACUUAAUAUGAUUUUGUUUAUUUUUUCGGCAUGCUCUUAACUUACUUCUACAGUAGCAUCAGAGCUUCCGGUACCUUGGCUUCAUGCCAGAACGUUGUACGUGUAUAGUUGGAUUUGUAUCAUACAACAUUAUCUUGCAGCAGAGUUUACAAAUUCCCAGGUUACCUUUC